UACUGAUCACGUAGCGAUAAUUAAUGGACACAUACAUAUAUUUAUUUACAACGCUUUGAUAACGCAGUGUUUGUCGCGCGGCCUCGCUGAGUUCCCGCGUUUUGUAAAAUGUGGAGCAAAAGUGCAUCGUUCGCGCGGCGGAUAUCGCCCAUCGCCAGAUGGUCGUGCCAAAUUCGAGCGGCUAGUGGGAGCUAUCUACACAACCCGGGAUCCGAACCCUUGACCUACGACACAAUAGGCAAUGUCCUUCAACAGACCGUUGAGAAGUACCCCAAUAGGGUUGCAGUACGCUCUCUACAUGAAGGGGUCACACUGACUUAUGAAGAAUUACUCAAGCAGGCGGACUCGUUGGCGUGUGCGCUGCGUGCCCAAGGGUUGGUGAAAGGCGACCGGCUCGGCAUCUGGUCGCACAACAGCGUCUCUUGGAUUGUGGCAGCCGUCGCCGCCGCCAGAGCUGGUCUUAUAUCCGUGUUAUUAAAUCCAGUAUACGAGAAAAACGAACUGAGUUUCUGCAUCAAGAAGACUCAGUUGAAGAGCUUGUUCAUCGGAGAGACGUUGCCGCGGAGGAAUUAUUACGGGACGUUGCAACAACUGAUCCCAGAACUGAACGGAGCGAGCCCUGGAUUACUGAAGUCUAAGGAGUUCCCAUCAUUAACAUCGGUGAUAGCAGAUGGAAACGAAAAAUUUGCCGGCACGUUUUCAUACAAGUCUUUAGUCACGGAGUAUCAGAACAGAAGCGAGAUAUCGGAAUACGGCAAGGAGGUGAAGCCUGAAGACGGCAGCAUCAUCCACCUGACCUCGGGGACCACAGGGGAGCCGAAGGCUGGUUUAGACUCGCACCUCGGCGUUGUCAACAACACCUAUUUCACUGGCAAAAGGAAUACCUUUCACGAAGGGCAUCACAAUAUUUGUGUUCAGGUCCCAUUAUUUCACGCGCUGGGAUCCAUCGUAACCAUCCUGGGUGGUAUGAGGCACGGCGCCAGUCUGGUGCUGUCGGCACCCACCUAUAACAUAGAAGCCAAUAUCAAUGCACUGUUCAAGGAAAAAUGCACGGCCAUCACGGGCACGCCUACAAUGUUCGUAGACAUGCUCACCAAAGUGAGGCAGAUGGGCGUGGAGGUGCCCUCGCACCUGCGCGUCGCUCUCGCCGCCGGCGCUCCCUGCAGUCCGCAACUCAUACGGGACAUGCAAAAAUAUCUUAAUGCUGAAUCUGUGAAGGCUCUAUACGGCAUGACGGAGACCACGGCGUGCGUGUUCCAAUCAGUUCCGGGAGACAGCAUCGACAUGGUGGCCGAGACCGUCGGCUACAUUCAGGAUCACGUGGAGGUUAAAGUAGUAGACGAGACAGGAGAGAUGGUUCCUUUCGGCAGUUCGGGAGAAUUGGUGGUGCGCGGGUACAACAACAUGAUCUGCUACUGGGACGAGCCCGAGAAGACCCGACAGACAUUCUACAAAGAUGGCUGGCUUCGUACUGGCGACAAGUUCACAAUAAGCGAAGAUGGUUAUGGACGUAUAGUAGGCAGGAUUAAGGACAUCAUCAUCAAAGGAGGAGAGAACAUCGCUCCCAAAGAAAUCGAAGACCUACUCAACACGCAUCCUGAUAUUAUUGAGAGCCAGGUGGUUGGAGUGUCAGACGAAAGACUCGGCGAAGAGUUGUGCGUCGUGUUGAAACUUCGAGAAGGUGCCUGUUUCAGUCUCGACGACGUCACAAAACACCUGACGGGACGCCUUGCAAGGUUUAAAAUCCCGAAACUGUUGAAGAUAAUCGACGACUUCCCGAAGACCACAUCUGGGAAAAUACAGAAGUAUAGAUUAAAAGAAUUGAUUGAGUCGGGAAAAUUGUGAUAGUAUAGAGCAUAAAUGUAAUAAAAUUACCUCGUACGCGUAAGAAGCGGUCAUCUGCGUUCCCUAUUACGAACAAAGUAAUUAUUUGUUAAGUUUAGAAUAAUAUAUGAAAAAACAUUGUAAAAUAUGAAUGUUUACGAUUCAUAUUAAGUAUUUUAAAUUUAUUAAAUAUUUUUAUAUGAAAUUUACCGAAGAAUAAAUGAAAACUAAAUUAC